AUGCUUGAUGACGUAAUGACUAUGACGGAUGUUACCAACGAAUCACCAGAUGAUGAAGAAAAAGACGACGAUGGGGAACAACAAGCACAGAUUCAUAUUUCAACAACUUCUGCUGUUGACCCAACAACUAAUCCGAUUCAUUCAAAAGCAUCUUGUGACAACAAAGACAAAUCCAUCGAAGGUGCAUCUUCACGACGUCGUUCGUGGACUAUUCAAGAAAAAUUGAAUGCUUUUAAUGCAUUUAAAAAAUGCAAAAAUAUUUCUCUAGUUAGUCGACAACAUCAUUGUGAUAGAAAACAACUUCGAGAAUGGUUGAAUAAAGAACAACAACUUUUAUUGAUCAAGAAUCAAAGCAAUAGGAAAACACUAAAACGGUUAAAAGGUGCUGGUGCUAAAAUUUGUCACAAAGAACUUGAUCAACAAUUAAUUAAAUGGUUUGCAUUAAAACGUACAAAUCCCGACGACGAAACGUCAACAGCGCCAACAGAAAUAAAGAAAGAACGAAUUACAUUUAAAAAUUUGGUAUGUCAUGGUGAAAAAAUAUGUCUUUCCUUAAAGAUUCAACCAUAUCCUUCGAAAAUGCGGUUUUGUCGUUUUCUUAAAAGACAUAAUUUAUCCUUGCAAAAGCCAAAACGUCAACAAAAGAUUACGUUUUCUGAAGCUCAUAGUGAUAACAGUCGGGUAGGACCAGCUUUACUUUUUAAAGGAAAAGGACGAGUAUCAGAACAAGAAAAAAAACAAUACGAUAAGAGCGUCAAGGUUUAUUUUAGUACUACUGCUUUCAUCAAUUCAUCUAUCAUGAAAAAUUAUACUGAACAUUUGUUAAAUAAAACGAGAGACGGUCGUCCAAAAAUGUUUAUUACAGAUUCUUGUAGUUGUCAUUUCAACGAAGAUGUAAAAGCUUUAUUUAAAAAAAAUAGUGUAGUAUUAGGAAUAAUACCUGGUGGAAUUACACAAUACAUCCAAGUCUUAGAUAUAUUUGUUUUCAGUACUUAUAAAGCACAUUAUCAUGAUGUUGCUGAAGAAUGGAUCGAAGUUAAUGGUCUAAAAUCUACCAUUAAACUUACUUGUUCACAGCAAAGAAUACUGUGCACGCGUUUAGCAAGCACGACUUGGAAAAGGACAUUGAACAGUGUAAAUGUUUCUCAAAGUUUUAGAAACUUAGGGUACACCUGGAUUGAUAAUAGUGUAGUGACAAUAAAAUCUUUACCAGGUUAUUCUUUUGAUCCGGCAUCUUUAAAUUUCGGAAAUGAUAUUGAAGAUGAAAGUAGUUUAGUCGAAGAAAUCGAUAAGGUCAUGGUAAUGGAACCCGUAAGAGCUUUAAAGCAAAGUUCAUUGCUUUCGUUUUGGAAUAAAUAA